AACUCGUUGUCCCUGAUAUUCGGCUCUCGGAGUCGGUUAUUCUUAAAUAAACAGCCUGAAAUCGGAAGAAUUGACGAAAAAUAUCUCCAUAUCCCCAUUUGACCACCUAGUGGAUCCCAUUGUGACCUUAUUUUCGUUUCGCAUACAUGCGAGAGUGUCACGGAUGCUCUAUUUAUAACCGUACAUUCGUAUAGUUUGAAGGCGCGCGCGCGCCGUUGGUGCCUGGUGUAUUUUCACUAUUAUUCCUGGUUGUUCCAUCGUACCCUCAGAAAUAUGGCGAGCAUGAGUAUCCUCGCUGCAAGAAUCUCUCGUUUAUUAAGGAAAACGUGCAACUUGUCAACCAUUGAAUCAUUGAAGAAUCAACAAAAUGCGGGAAAGAUUAUCAAAACUGGGGCAGGAGUCCUUGCUGUUGGAUCAGCUGUGUUUUACAUCGGACGUAAAUAUAACAGUGGGAACGUCGUCCACGCAGCACGACCGCGCAAAAGGGACGACGAGCUUCAGAAGGCCGUGAGACUGACCGUGAGAGAAAGAAGAUUCAUAAAGUUUGCGUCUGUCGAGUACGAUGGCCAGCUGUACAUGACACCCCAGGAUUUCCUCGACAGUGUCGUUGAGUCAGAGCCGAGACCUCGUCACAAGAGAAGGUGCCUAACGGACAAGGAACUGGAAACGAUAACCUACUCUACACCUUCUCUUCGCUACGGGGGAACCCACAUGUUUCGCGGUAUGAGAGACAAAGGGAUAGUCUCAUACACGGAGUACCUGUUUUUGCUGUCCAUACUCACAAAACCACAAACUGGCUUCCGAAUCGCAUUCAACAUGUUUGAUACUGAUGGUAACGAGAGAGUGGACAAGAACGAGUUCCUUGUGAUAAGAAAGCUGUUUGCUCGUGGACUGAAGGAUCGUGAGCUUGAUGCUGCUACGAGGCGAGCCUUGCGAACUCUUGUUGCACCGAGUGAGGAGGCCCUCGCCGUCAGAGCAAAACUUCGAGACAGUCAUCAAACAGAAUCGCCCCCAUCCUACUCAAAUUCUUACAUGGAGAAUAUCUUCAGUCACGCAUGGAGAGGGCGUCAUGGUGGUGUCCCAUUCCAGAUUACUGAAGGCAAGAGGGCUAGAAACUACGAGAAUAUGCUGGGAGAGGAGGAUCAGGGAUUACAACGUCGAAAUACUGUGGAUACAACUCUGAUGGUACAUUUUUUCGGCAAGGAUGGAACGAAGGAGCUGAAAUACGAAGGAUUCCGACAGUUCAUGGAGAAUCUUCAGCAUGAGGUCUUGGAGCUGGAGUUCAGCGAGUUCAGCAAGGGUCAAGACACCAUUACUGAGCUCGAUUUUGCAAAGAUUCUUCUGAGAUACACGUACCUGGAUAUGGAUGAGUAUGAUAAAUAUUUGGAGAGGCUUCUUGAUCGCUCGGUGUACAGCAUUGACAUUACCUUCGAAGAAUUUCGAAAAUUCUAUCAAUUCUUGAAUAGUUUAGAUGACUUUUCAAUUGCUAUGAGGAUGUACACGCUAGCAAAUCAUCCAAUAUCUAAAGACGAAUUUCUUCGAGCUGUGAAAAUCUGCACAGGCGCCAGUAUCUCCCAGCACAUAGUCGAUACAGUCUUCGCUCUUUUCGAUGUUGACGGUGAUGGACAAUUAUCCUACGAAGAAUUUAUUGCCAUCAUGAAGGAUAGACUGCACCGUGGAUCCAAGUCCCAACCAAGAGGCGAGGGAUGGGAAGCUUUUAAGUACUGCGUGAAACAGGAAAUGAAAGGACCUUAAGAUCACCCGACCGAUAGACACUCCAUUCUUACCUAAAUCUUCAAUGCCUAUUCUACUUAAUUGUUCAACUCUGUGAUAUUUUGAACCCCCGUUACUCUGCUACUAUAGACAUUUUCAAAUCUUCAGUUAGUUAAAUUACCAUCAGAAACAUUUGACAUUAUUUUCCGUGCAUUAGUAUAAGUAUUUUUAAUUCUUGUUUAUACUUUCAAGAUAAUCGAAGAUGUUGACGUGAAACACUGGUUUCUGAGUGUUGAAUUAUUCAGAUACAUUUCAGAUAAUCAAAUUGAUGAAAUUACGCGUUCAAAAAUAAAUCGACAUAAAGAGUACCACACGGAGAAAAUUAUUCUAGAAAAAUUUAUGUGCUAGCACAGCCUUGGAAAAAUUAUUGUGCAACACCGUAAAUAUUUUUGAGGACACCAUAAUUGUUUUCGUGUAACACCAUAAUUUUUCCAAAGAUGCAAAUUGCGUCACUUUUAUGUUGCUAACACAUGAAUAUUUCUAGAAAUCUGUCCUGGAGCAUUUCCUAGAGUACAGAUAUUUCUUCCCGUGUGAGAGCAAUAAAGAAAAGAAGUUAAAGUUUAA